GUGCAUUGUCACAAGCAAUAUGGCCAAAAUUUAUUAAUGCAUGAUUGGUUGAAGUUUAGGCUUGCCGCUGGGGCCUUGCUGAGGCAGAACCCUACUUUGUUUAUAGCCUUUUGCUGAAGAAAGGAAGUGAUAUUUUUGCUCAACUCGUAAGAUUCUCAAUAGCACACUUACAAUAAUAAAAAUUUUCUUCACAAAGUUCACAAGUUGAGGCAACCUAUAUUUUGAGUGGUCAUGAGAUAGCAUUGAACUGUACAAGUGAUUUUUUUCUGCUGUCCAUGACUUGUGAUUAAUUUCUUCACAUUUUAAUGAGGUGCAAUUUACAUUCUGAUUUUCAGGCUUAAGAGCCAUGUAAAAUAGCUUGCUCAUGUACAAGGUGUCCUUGCUAGCGCCCUGUGCUUCAUCAUGGCUCUUGCCUCGUCAAGACCGGGCAAUCUCCGCAACCCUGAGGUUGCCGAGCUGUUUGACCGGGAAGAUCCUGAACGGCUCUUCGAUGAUCUCCGGGAAAUUGGGCAUGGCAGCUUUGGUGCCGUGUACUAUGCUCGACAUCUGCAGACCAAAGAGGUGGUUGCAAUUAAGAAGAUGUCAUACAGUGGCAAGCAGAGUUUAGAAAAAUGGCAAGACAUUUUGAAGGAGAUAAAAUUUCUUCGCUCGCUGCGCCAUCCCAACACUGUCAACUACAGAGGCUGCUACCUCAGAGACAACACUGUAUGGCUGGUGAUGGAGUACUGCCUAGGGUCAGCCUCGGACAUCAUAGAAGUGCACAGACAACCUCUACGAGAGGAGGAGAUCAGCGGUAUAUGUGAAGGCUGUCUGCAGGGGCUAGCUUACCUGCACUCGCUCUCUAAGAUACACAGGGAUAUUAAGGCUGGCAAUGUGCUGCUUACUGAGAACGGCACUGUCAAACUGGCGGACUUCGGCAGUGCAAGUAUCAACUCACCAGCCAACAGCUUCGUGGGCACCCCUUACUGGAUGGCGCCUGAGGUCAUCCUGGCUAUGGAUGAGGGGCAGUAUGAUGGCAAGGUGGAUGUUUGGUCACUAGGCAUCACAUGCAUUGAACUAGCAGAGCGCAAGCCGCCCUACUUCAACAUGAAUGCUAUGAGUGCGCUCUACCACAUCGCGCAGAACGACCCACCGAAGCUGCAAUCCGCUGAAUGGUCCCGAGACUUCCAGCAGUUUGUCGAGUCUUGUCUGCAGAAGUCUCCUCCUGACAGACCAACUUCUGCGCGACUUCUAUCCCACGAGUUCAUACACCGGCACCGUUCGUCCCACAUCAUCCUGGACCUGAUCGCCCGCACCAAGAAGGCGGUGCGGGAGUUUGAUCAUCUCAACUACAGGAAGAUGAAGAAAAUCUUGCUCUAUGAUACUGAAAGUCAAGCUGAUGUCGACAAUGUCACCAUAGACUCAGCUGAAGAAGAGACAGCAGGCGGCGACAGCAGCAAGAGCAACAGCAUCACUUCAGAACAAAGCGUUCACUCCACGGCCGGGGUCAGUCACUCCUCUCAGUCAUCAUCCACCAGCAGCCUACAUCACCACCACCUACACCACCAUCACCCUCAUUACCAUCACCAACAUCCCAGCCCCACGGUAUAUAACAAUUACGGAGGUCUGAAUCACAAUGACAAUAUCGCACCAUCAUCAGUCAGUAGUUCUACUCCCAUCCCGCCACACAGAUCUCACCAUCAUCACCAUCAUCAUCACCAAGACCAACGUAGUAUUAGUAACAGUAAUGAUAGCUCUAGAAACAUACCCUCAGCAUCUCCCGUUACCAGUAACCACCAUCACCAUCAUCACCAACAAGCUAGCGGAUACGGGCUAGAAACAAAUUUACAGCACCAGCACAACGUGUCACAACAUCACCAUCACCACCAUCACCCACACAAACACUUCCAGCUGCAGCAACAUCAUUUGCUGCAGCCCCAAACAUCUUCUUCAUCUUCCCCACAUCUCUCGGAUGGUGGGGGGGACCACAGAAUUAUGGGUGGGGACGAAGACUUCGAUGAGACCCAGAGUUUAUCCUCAGACCGCGGGGUUGGGGGAGGCCUGAUGCACCCCUCACCCGCCCCCGACGUGGUCCUCGAGAGCACCCUAGGGGCUAAUUCCCCCCACUCCUCCACCCCUUCCCUCCUCGAGGAUAAUCUCCCCACUCUUCCCCUUAACCACCAUCACCAGCAUCACCACCACCACCAGCAGCAGCAGCAGCAAGCAGCUGCGGCAGCAGAGGGGACGGCGACCCCCAGGCCCCCCGGGGGGUCCGUGCGGUCCGUCAAAGCGCGUCGGUUCCUCAGGCAGGCAGGUGGAGGUGUUGGAGCUAUACAGGGAGGCGCCGAAGGUGGUACAUCAGCAGGAGCAGCAGCAGGAGGAGGAGGUAGGGAAGGUAGAAGUAACUUCGAGACUCUACGUACGACGUCCAUCGUCAGCAAGCAGAACAAAGACCACCAGCCUGGCGACAUUGGUGAUGCUCUGUCAGGCUACAAGCGCAUCAGGCGGGAACAUCAGCGAGCUCAACUCAAGCUGGAGGAGCGGUGUCGCGUGGAGAUGGAGGCACACAAGCUUAUGCUGGAUAAGGAGUACGACGCACUGCUUGUACAGUUCAGCAAGGAGCUCGAGAAGCUGCGACUUAAACACGAAAAAGAGAGCGAGAAGAAACUGGACAGUUGCUCCGUGGUGGUUAAGAGGCUGCAGGCUGACAUCACUAACCGACACGCGACUGAGUUCAAGAACUUCCAGCAGCAAUACAAGAAACACUUUAAAGAAAAUAUGGAGAAAUGGAAGAGAGAUAUCGCCAACCAUGAUGCCUCUAAAAAACAAAAAGAGGCCACCUUGCAGGCGCAUCGGGACGGCCUGAAGGCGACCGAGCAGGACGAGAUGACGCGCCUGCAGGUGCGGCAGGCGGAGUACCUCAACCUGGAGACACGCAAGUGCCGACGACGAGGCUUGCUGUCAUACUUCGCUAGGGAACAGGAACUGCUGCGUGAAGAGCUAAGCAGGCGAGAGCAGCAGCUGGAGACGGCGCACGCUAUGCUGCACCGCCACCAGCAGCUCACAGAGGAGCUCGAGUGCCGGCAGCAGAAAGCCAUUCAUAUGCUCAAGGAGGAACAGAUGACACGACAACACAACGCAGAGACGACGAGUCAGAAGGAUUACAUGAAGCGCUGCGAGAAGGAGCUUCAUAAGAAGCAUGCGAUGCAGCAGAAGCAGCAGCCUAAGAGUCUCAAGCAAAAAGAAAUUGAGAUCCGCCGCCAGUUCCGCGACACGAUCAACAUCCAGCGGCAGCAGUACAAGGAGUACAAGCAGCAGCUGCUGGCGAAGACGCCCCGCGAGGAGCACCGCGCUGUCCUGAAGCGCGUCAAGGAAGACCAGCGCCGCAAGCUGGCUAUGCUGGCCGACCAGUACGAGCAGAGCAUCGCUGAGAUGUUGCAACAGCAGUCACUUAAACUGGACGAAAGUCAGGUGGUGGAGCAGGAGCAAACCACGGAGAAGUUAAGCCACGAACUCGAGGUUCUCACGGAAUAUCAGCGACGUAACCGUCAGGCUGCUGAAGCUUUACGUCUGCGUGAACGUCGUGAGCUGGAGGAACGCGUGGCCAUGCGUAAUGCUUCACUCAAGCAGAAAAUGCAACAAGAAGUCAUGCGCUUUGAGCAUGAGAAGAAUGAGAGGAUCAGACUGCUGCAGGAGAAGCAAAGUCGCGAGCUCGAGGAGUUCGAUAAGGAGAGCCUCAGGAUGGGCUUCACAGCGGCGCGUAUCGCUGAGCCCUCCACCGAGCGCUCCCCUGAAGAGUUCAACGUCUCGUCACAGAUGCUCUCCCUGACGCUGUCCCAUAGCGCCCCCUACACCACCUGAACGCC